AUGUUUUUACUAUACGGAUGGAGGCGUUUACACAAGAGUCGACCGUUCGCUACUAAUAUCUGUGUGUCUGUGUGUCCGUUCAUCGCUUGUCUGGAGAAGUCAGCAUCGGUGUGUUCAAAGAUUUGUUGUUGCCGUAUCUACCUAUCUUUCUGUCUGUCUAUCUAUCUGUCUAUCUAUCUGUCUAUCUAUCUAUCGCAUUCUGUUGAUAUCUCUGUAACCGUUUAUCUCAUUCUUUUAAUAUCUAUCUAUCUAUUAUCUAUCUAUCUAUCUAUCUAUCUAUCUAUCUAUCAUCUAUCCAUAUCUAUCUAUCUAUCUAUUCAUCUAUCUAUCUAUCUCAUCUAUCUAUAUCUAUCAUAUCUAUCUAUCUAUCUAUCCGGUUCGGUUCAUAUCUAUCUAUCUAUCUAUCUUUCACAAUCUGCUUAUAUGCUUCUCUCCCAGUUUCUUUCUUUUCGCGAUAAUCAAUGCAAGUAUUUACAGAUACGAGGAUAUUGGCGAGUGGUGAUGUUUCAUAUCAUGCUAACUAUCCCUCACUUUCCCCUCCUCGAUUUCUGUCGUGAUAAAUAUCAUUUACUUUCAUCUCGAAUAUCUUUCUACUUUUUCUUUCUUUCGUUAUUUCUUUCUUUCUUUUUCUCGAAUGCCAUUCUCAUUUUGUUAUAUUUCCGAUAUAUUUUUCUUCGCUUCGUUCUAUAUUUCUUUCCUUUUUAUCUUUUUCUUUCCGACAUUUCCUUCCUUUCUUUCUCUCUUUCUUUCUUUCAAUCUUUCUUUCUUUUUUCUCGAAUGCCUUUCUCAUUUUUUUACAUCCGAUAUUUUCUUCUUCGUUUAAUUCCUUUUUUCUUUCUUUUUUGUCUUUUUCCUUAUGACGUUUUCAUUCUUUCUUUUUCUCUUACCUUUUUUAUUUCCUUUCUUUCUUUCUUUCUCGUUUUUUCUUUCUUAUAUUUUCUUUCUUCGUUUCCUUCUUUCUUUCUUUCUAUAAAAUGUAUUUCUCAUAUUUUUUCCAAUAUUUUCUUUCUUUCUUUCUUUCUUUCUUUCUUUCUUUCUUUCUUUUUUCUCCUAUGGUUCUUUUCUUCAGUGAUUCCUUUGUCUGUUUUCUCUUUCUUUCUUUCUUUCUUUCUUUCUUUCUUUCUUUCUUUCUUUCAAAAAUUUUCUUUUUUUUCCUAUCUUUCUUUUUUCUUCAGUGAUUUUUGUCUUUUUUUUCUUUCUUUCUUUCUUUCUUUCUUUCUUUUCUUUCUUUCUUUUUUUUUUUUCAAAAUCCUAUGGUUCUUUUCUUUUGAUUCCUUUGUCUUGUUUUUUCUUUUUUUUUUCUUUCUUUCUUUCUUUCUUUCUUUCUUUCUAAUGCUUGUAUUUAUUUCAAAAUGUUCUUUUUCCUUUCUUUCUUUCGUUCUCUUAUUUUUUCUUUUUGUUACUUCUUUCUUUCUUUCUUUCUUUCUUUCUUUCUUUCUUUCUAAUGCUUGUAUUUAUUUCAAAAUGUUCUUUUUCCUUUCUUUCUUUCGUUCUCUUAUUUUUUCUUUUUGUUACUUCUUUCUUUCUUUCUUUCUUUCUUUCUUUCUUUCUAAUGCUUGUAUUUAUUUCAAAAUGUUCUUUUUCCUUUCUUUCUUUCGUUCUCUUAUUUUUUCUUUUUGUUACUUCUUUCUUUCUUUCUUUCUUUCUUUCUUUCUUUCUUUCUUUCUUUCAUUCUUUCUUUACUUCUACUUUUCUUUCUACAACAUAUAUAUCUAUCGAUCUCUUCCUCGACUUUUUCCCGCCCUCUCUCUCUCUUUCCCUCCCUCUCUCUCUCUCCCUCCCCCUCUCUAUUUCUUGGUCUGUUUUUUUUUUCUCUCUCUCUCUUUCUCGGCUUGUCGUUCUCUGUCUUUCUCUUUUUCCGCUAAAAAUACAGGCAGAUACGUUUGUGAAGAUGUCUUCAAAUGCGAAACGGAGACAUCGUAA